UUUCCUGUCGUUUGUAUUUCAUUCCGAAAUAAUAUCAAAAGUCAGUGUUCGUUCGUCUAAAGCUGAAUAUUGUGAUUGUAAAAUUGUAAAAUGGAUAGUUUUGAAGAUUAUUACAGCCGGAUUUGUACACUAUGCGACGGAGUUUUGGAUUGGAAGGAGAUGUGGCCAAACCACGAGCUGACCAGCUCUCUUUUUGCUAUGCCUGUCGAUGAGGCAAGAAAUAAACUCCGUGAGGCCCAGGCCAUUGCAAAAAGUGCCGAUCGCACAACCAUCACAUUGGACGAUUUAAAGAUUGUGACAAAUACACAGGUUUCGAUGAAUACGCGUAAUCGAAGCAAGCGCUCCAUCGAGCCAACACCACCACCAAACACUCGUCGCCUUCGAUCCCGCUUGUCUUCAGUCAAUUAUUGUGAGGACUAAACACGAAGAUCCCCAAGAGUAGUCCAAUAGCCAAGCCAUUGGAAGCAAUAAAAUAUGGAUGGAAAAACCAAUAUUUU